GCCAUCCAUAUAUGAUGUCGUAAAACUUCAGUAUAUUCCAGCAGCAAUCCUCAUAUUGCAGGCUCGUCUACGCUCACCUACACCUUUGACGCUUUUGUUAACAAACAAAAAAACGUCGAGAAACGUAAAAUUCUAGAUAUGACUGAAUUGAAAAACUUAAAAGUAGCCGAUUUACGUGAAAAAUUAGCUGAAAAAGGACUGUCCACCAACGGAAAUAAGAAUGAGUUAGUAGCUAGACUGACUAGCUCAGAGGAAGGAAAGCCUGAAGCAUCAAAGGAGGAUGAUACUAAAAAUAACGACGCUGAUUUGGGAGAUUUAGCUCCUCCCGAAGAUGACAUUGAUUGGGGAGAUAUGGAUAAUGAUACUGCAGCAGUUGAAGAACCUUCCAAACCGUCUGAAGAGGAAGCCCCCAAGACUGAAGGAGAUAAAGCAAAUGAAGAACCAGCUGAGGAUCAACAAAAGGAAAAAUCAGCAGCCAGGGAGACGGAGUCGAACGAAAAGCCAGAUACGAAUACUGAAGAGUCGACAACUGAAAAUACGAAAGACUCACCAAACCCAGAUAUAUUGGCAGCUGAGCAGAACAAACUUAUAGAACGUGCUAAACGAUUUGGGUUGCCAAUGGAUGAUGAUAAUAUCAAAAAGGCUGCUCGUGCUGCUCGUUUUGGUGUACAAACUACACCUGUUGCUAAACAGGUGAACGGGGAAUUACCUCGUUCCCGUAAGGGCCGUUUGGAUAAGCGAGGGAGACAAAAGUUUCGCCAACAGCAACAAGACCAGACGGCUGGACAAAAACGCAAAAGUUCGAUAUUGGAAGAUCCAGUUGAAGCAGAAAAAGCCAGGAAGCGUGCUGAACGUUUUGGUAAUGCUUCCAAAAAAUAAAUAUUUAUGAAUUACUGAUAUCAGCUUUUGCUGAAUCAAUUUGUAUGGAUUCCCUUUGAUAAUCAAUUAGUCACUUUUUCACGUUGCCCUCUUUUUUCUUAAUAGUGGUUUAUAUAUCUCACAUCUUUUUACUUAGGAUUCUUAUGAAAGUGCCUUGAUGAUUUCAUUCUAUCUAACAGC